AUGUCUCUCUAUCAGCUCGUCCUCCCAGUCCUCGCCCUCUUGUCACCUUCUCUCGCAAUUAAUUCUGGAUCAGACUUCAUUGGUGGAAUUAACGCUACGACCGCAACUCUUCCGUAUGGCUCAUUUCUUGCGUCCAUAUCCGACACGUAUCCACUUUCUUUGAGGUUCCUCGGUGUGCCCUACGCUACACCUCCGUUGUACGAUCUUCGCUUUAGGGCACCAGUUGCACUCGACACGAAUUCAAGCACAAACCAAAUUUUCAACGUCACUACAUAUCCCGAGCCAUGUGUCCAGGGAACCACCGGCUCCGGAGAUGCUGGAGGCGCAGGGAGCGAAGACUGUUUGAAGGUCAAUAUCUACACGCCAGCGAAUGUUACCAACAUGUCUAAAUUGCCAGUUUUGGUGUACAUCCACGGGGUAACUAACUGCUACGUUUACGGCAAUCCCGCCAACUGGCCAUUCGACCACUGGAUUCAACAGUCCCCGAACGUGGUCAUUGUCUCCAUUUAUUACCGCCUGGAUGCGUUCGGUUUCCUUUCGCACCCAUCGUUCACCUCACUAGCGGCCGACUUCCACUCGGUGCGUUCUGAAACCUCACUCGGCGACUUGAACGCUGGUUUCCUGGAUCAGAUUACUGCCCUCAGGUGGAUCAAGUCGUAUAUCACUUUCUUCGGCGGCGACCCGGACAAAGUCACGAUUAACGGAGAAAGUGCGGGAGGCUCAAGUGUGGAGUUGCAUCUGGUGGCAGAAACGAGUGUGAGCGAGGGUGGCGAGGGUGCGCUUUUCGCGCAAGCCAUCGCACAGAGUGUGUACAGGACGCCUUUGCCUACACCGAAACAGCAACAACCUCUGUUCGAGUUCUUUGCUAGUAGCGCAGGAUGUGGCACUGGUGAUCUCGCGUCGCAGAUGACCUGUCUAAGGAACGCGAGCGUGAGUGCUUUGGCUCGAGCUCAGGAUAAUUCUACUUCGUCGAACUUUACUGGCCAUUAUGACGCUUGCCAUCCUGUUGUCGAUGGCACUCUCCUCACGGAUUAUCCCACUCGGCUUCUAGACCAAGGAAAUUUCAGACAUGUUCCUCUCAUUGUCGGGGCCACUACAAAUGAGACUUUAUCGGGUGGUACAAACAUCACCUCCGCUUUGGAUACAUACUUCCCCUCGCUUUCCAACGCCACACUAUCUGGAUUCCUCCAAGAAUAUCCAUCGUCUGCAUUUCCCAACGAGGACCUCAGAUUCCAAACUGCAACUGGAGAUGCCGAAUUACGCUGUGCAAGAACAAUCAUAGGGUCCGCCUCCUCCAAGUUCACGAACAAGACGUUCACGUAUCGCUACAACACGGCUAACCCCACAAACUCCGACACUUCUCUUGUAUCACACGCUGCUGAGAAUUGGAUGAUGUUUUUGGGCACGAAUACUGGUUUCAACGGAACCACGACCUUCACCGCCCAAAACAGCACCGAAAAAGCCUUCGCCUCCGAGCUCAUUGCGUAUUGGCUUUCCUUCGUGCGCUCGGGAGAUCCGAACGCGUUCAAGCUUUCAAGAUCGCCCGAGUGGUCUGAAUACUCAGCAAGUGACAGGCAGAGAAUAAUCCUGACACAGGGUCUAGACCUGGCGAGUGACGGGACUGCAUUUAUGAGUGGGAGCACGAGCGAGGUCGAAGGAAAGACUGAGACUGGAAGAUGCGAGUUCAUUGCUAGCAAAGUAGGGGAAGAGCAGGCCUGA